GUCGCGCAUGCUUUCUGGGACACCGCUGGAAUACUUAAGGACUAUUUGUUUACAUGGUCCCUAUGGAAACAGGAUGAAAAAAGUAAAAUAAAGAUGGCGGCAAGUCCUGGAGGUGACGAAGAUUCGGUGUUCGAUGCAGGAAGGCUGUCUUUAUUUGAUCUCAUUCUAGAGCGAACAAGGGCUCAAAACAAGGUAAAUAGCUUAAAAUGUAUACGAUGUCAAUUUUUCUCUUGGAAUUCUGAGGCAAACAAUUUGUUCAUUUUAGAUCGAUUUGAACCCUCAAUGUAAUAUUUUCCUUCCAAUUCAUGCAGGUAAUAGGAAAAGCGAGCUAACUUAUUUCCCAAAUUUAUUUUUAGAAACAACUUGUUCACCGACUAGUUUAUGUGUCUAAAAUCCGCCAGGAUGUUAGUGACAGGAAAGAAAUUGGAGGUGGUUAUUUAGUUUUAAAGUAAUAUUUUAGUUUACUUAUCUUAUCAUUGUUAAUUAACAACAAACUAAUCAGGUCUUAUUGGAAAGUUUGCCACACCAAAGCAACAAAAUUUAAAGCCCCACUUAAGCAAGAAAUAUUAAUUAGUUUUCUCGAUUAAGCUUGACUCGCAUGGAAUUAGCUGGUAGAUGUUUGUCAACUGAAUGUUUACAGUCCUUCUUUUAAUUGAUUUAUGGCAAUCAAGCAGAAAGAGCAUUGGAUGACUAUUUAAACGGAUAAUAAAAUUCAAAGCCUUUUUCUUUAAAAAAAAAAAAAAACAGGAAGAAAAUCACUCAUUUGACAAUAGUUUAUUUCUUCUUAGAUGUUUUUGUUUCAUUUUCUAGUUUGUGCAUCAAAAAUAAUCAUAUUAAUAGAGAACAAAGGAAAAAAGAACAAAACAGUUUAAAAGAAGCAAAUUUUCAAGAAAUUAUAGUAAAAAAUGUACACACUCUCUUAACUUACAGUUCAGGAUAUUGAUGAUUGCUAAUUAUUUUAAUGAAUGAAUAUCUCUGAUACUUUUAUGUUUUACAUUGAAUUGGUUACAACUUUGUAUGAUGCAUAGAUAUACUUUGUGUUGUGAUAAGGGAAACAGUUGUCAAUCAGAUGAUGGAACCCUAAUGGGAAAAAAAAUGCUAUUUGAUAUAACUUCUUCAUGCCUUAUUUGUAAACUCCUCGCCUUGAAAUCUUUAUUUUAUUCUCUUAUCAUUUUAAGCUCACUAUGAAAGAGUUUUUAAGGAACUUCAAACACAAGUGCAUGGAGAGGCAGUGACAGGACUGCUUUUGAUAUAUCCUGUUCAUAUCAUUCAUGUUGUAGAGGUGAGAGCAUUUGUCAAAUUCCUUGAAUUCAAAGGAGAUAAUGUUGUAUUUCAACUUAUAUAGAUAAAAAAUUGAUACACUAAAUGUUAUAUUUGCAUGUAUGAUAGAUAAAGUUUCUCCUUUAUUUUUACUUUGGAAUGAACUAGAGUCCAAAGGGGUGUUUCUAUAUAAAUUUUGCCCUGAAAAUGGAUAUGUUAAUAAUGUUAAGUCAGUUGAAUGAAAAUCAAUGUGGCAAAGGGGCUCACUGGUAUUAUGACAUUGCUCUCUUAAACACCUCUGUCUUUUGGGUGCAAUGACUUGUUAAGUGUUUGGUAUGUAUUCUAUGUUAAUAAAUAAUUAUUUUUAUUUCAUAUAGUUCUAGUUACUGGUACCUUAAACUGGUUUGAAAAAUUUAAACAAGGAAAAAAAAUUGAUUUGCAGACUUCCUAUAACAUGCUCCUGAAGGUUAUCAAAGAGUUAGAGGAGGAUGAACAAAGUGCCAGGUACAGUUGAAAAAAAUCUGACCUCUGCAUUAACACUUGAGUCACAAAAUAGAUCAUUAACAACAAAACAAAAUAUACUCUGUAAAUUAACAUAUUAAACUGGUGAAAAUAUUUGCUUACAGACAGAUUUUGAAAGAGAAGUGACUGAGAAAAUUUCUGCAGUUGCAUGUGUGCAAGGAAAGGACAGAAGUCCUUCUUUUUCAGUUUCCAGUAGGCAAUUUUACAGUUGUGUACUAAAGUUACCAAGCCUUUGAGUGAAGGCAACCUUGUUGUGAUAGAGACCAGUAUCUUGUUUGUAUGAUAAAAAAAAAUUUACAUUUGAAAAGCAGCAACAUUUGUAUUAUAACAAGGUCACCGUUAGCCUCACUCCUGUUGAAAGGCUUGGCAACCAAGCAACCAACUGUCCAAUAGACUAUUCAUUCAGUGAAAAUCAUGUUAUUGGGUUAUUUGCAGUGGUAUGCUGUUGAAUACAAAACUACUUGUGUGUACUGGUGAUGUAUCCUUUUACAUCAUAUAAUUACAGAAUUAGACAGCAUUCAGUUUGAAAACUUUUGGCAAAUUUUAUUUUGAAGAUUGGUUAGUUUUUUUGUUUUUACUUAGAAAUAACAGAGAGAGAAAUGUCUCAAUCAAAAGGUUGCUACAUAGUAGACAAUUUGUAAGAAUAAAAAUAAAAAGUGGCAAUUAGUCACUUACUGACUUUUCACUAAAUUGAAGGUCACUGAAAUUAAUUUUUAUGGUCACUAUCAUGUAGGGUUCUUCUUGCAGGAACUCAAAUUAUUUCAGCCAUUCUUAACAGCUGCAAAAUUAUCAUGAAAGGCAAUUUAGAGCUGUGUGGUUAUCAAGUCUAUGGCUAACUGUCAUAAAAAGGGUUGAAAGAUUUUGGCAAAUGAUAAAUAUGGGGUGUUAAUUUGUAAAUGUAAAACUGUGUGAGAACUCAGUACUUAUACAAACAGUAAAUAGGAAAUGGAGGUUCUUAUAUGGUGGGCAGUUAGGUAAAGUAACCUUAACCCAUCAAAGCUCAACAAUCGUCUCUUUGGACAAUGGAGUUUUAGAACUCUCAAUCUUGCUGUGUCAAGGAUGCAGGAAUUCACCACUAAUGAACCUAUCGAUGUUGUGGUUAGUUAUAGAAAUAAUUUUCAUUAAAAAUACCUGGCUGGUAGUAUAAGCUGACUUCAUGCCAAGUGUUACCUUCAACUUAUGGAAGUUAUCUGUCCAUGAAUCUAUAGAAGGUUCUCCCUUAUCAGCAGUAUGAUAUUGUGUGACAAUUGUACAUCUAGAGAUAAUGGCCAUCAGUGGAUGCGGGUGUGACGAUAUGUUAAGUGUCUGGAUCAGCCAAUCAACAUUUAGUUUGACCAUGUGCUCGAGUUGUUGUUGUCCGUUGGACAAUAUGGCCGUGUAGCAUUGCUUUGUUCCAGAUUAAAGUUCCAUUGAGUUUACUGUUUAUCAAGCAACGAGUCCUGAUUUAUACAGUGGGUAACCAUUGAUGGGCAGAAAUAUUCAACAUAUUUAGUAGUUCAUCAUUUAUAGAAGGUACCUGUAGAAUUGGAAGUUACCUUUAGGCAGAUGGUACUCAAUGAUGGGUGUUCAUAAAUGCACAGGACAAAAAGUACCAAUUCAUAGGUAUCCAUCAAUGAGAGGUACCUGCAGUCAGAUUAAUGAAGAUACCUGUGAAGUUUAUUUAUGACAUAAAUUACAGCAGCUCAGGUCUCAUUUGCCUUUUAACCUUUUUAUCUUUUCAGGUCACAGAGGCAUUAACACUUAUCAUUAAGCUAGCAGAAUAUUUGGCUAAACUACCAAAGGUUGGAAUAUUUAAUAUAGAGCAUCAUCAAUAGUCCUUCUAGAAGCUACAUGCAGAAAGAAAGGAAAUUACUAUCAAUGCUACCAUAUACUUCUCAAGGAAUUUGUCCACUGAAUUUUGAAUCCCCUAAAAGAAGUCAGAACCUAUGAUCUGUGAUCUGCACACUCCAUGACCCCUGUACUAGAAGAAAGAAAGUGCAUGACUAAAGUGCAAAAAGACCUUUGGAGUUCUAUUCUGCCACAUAUUGAUAGGACAGUCUGGCUUUAUUUUUCUGCAAGCCUCCUCCCAUUUCAAAAUUUAAAUUUUGGUUUUUGUUUAAGUACCUUAUUAUGGUGUGGGGAAAAGGGAUGAUUCAUUUACAGCAGUGACUUCUUUCACUGAUUGACUAGAUUCAUUUGUACCAAAACAAUCCCUGAUAUACAGCUUAUAAUGCAGACUAGAGUUUUUUAUUGUUUAAGGCACAGGAUAGGGGAAAGGGAAUGAGCACCAGGGAUAGAAAAGUUAUAUUGAACACAGAUGAACAUGAUAAUUUUUCUGUUCCCUUUGCACCCACUUGAUAUGCAUUAUGCAGGAUUGUAUGAGAGUAGAUGAAUUUUUAGGAGAAAGAAUUUUUCAAUCGUGAAGAUCUAAGUAAUAUCAAACAAAAAUAACAAUCAGUUGGCAAAUUUUUUAAGAAAAUGUACAGUGAAUAAGGCUUGUGUGUAAAUUUGUCCAAAAAAUAUGUACCCAUGCAGACUUUAUGGACUUGAUAGGAGAGAAACUUGUUUAAAAGUGUUGUUUGCAGUCAUGUUGGCACAUUCUGACAUCUGUCAUGAUGGUGGUUGGAUGUUGACAUCCUUCCCGUAGACUACAAGGAUAUUUCUGAAUUGUAUUAUUUCAUUCAUUUGUUUGUGCAAGCUACUGACACCCGUUUUAACUGUGCACUUUUCAAGUUUAUCUUAGUUCACUUUAUAACUUACUAUACAGUAAAUUAUUUCCAGUGGUUUUUGUUGACUGUCAGCUGAGUCAUCACUUGUUGUUUCACUUGUAGAUCAGCUUAACUAAUACCAUGGACCAGUUACCUGAAAAAGUACCAGAUCUGUUAGUAAGACAAGGUAAUUAAACGGGUGCCAAAUGUGGGUGUCUGUAAGUUUUGAGCUAUAAAACUUGGACAUAGGGUUCCUAAAUGUCAUCCCUGAUACCUGACGAUCAUCAGUUUGCAGCCCAUGAAUAGUCUGUCACAUCUCGUUCUAUUUUGAAAGAAGUUAGCGAGAGACUUACUUAUAACUUGCAACAAACUUUUUUUGUAAAGUAGUCUCUCUUAUCUAAGGCAAGAACACACAGAAAACAGAAGAUUUCUGGUAACAUAUCAGUGGUUUUAGUAUUAUUUUCUUAAGGAUCUGCUUCCUUUGUCAGAUCUGAUUGAGUACACUUUGGGCUCACAAGACCUCAACACACCUUCACAGUACCUGAAAAGAUAUACAACACCAGUUGACAUCACAUUGGAGAGUGGUAAGGCAACAUGA